CUCGGCGCUCGCUGGUGGUCAGGCGGCGCUGCAGCCAGAGUACAGAUAGCUCGCCAGAUCUUGUUCAAGCGCACAACUCACGUCUUACCUCUUGCGAGAAGGCUGAGUAAUCUCACUGCAACCGCGUCUUGUCUUGCUCCUCUCGCUCUCCGCUUUGACAGGCGUGACAAGCUCUCCAAGGCAGCGUAUCCAAAGAGACGUCACGAGCUCGAAGAUGGUGCAGUUCGAAGGCCGUUUCCAGCACGAACGCUCGGAGAACUUCGAUGAAUUUCUCAAAGCCAUCGGAGUGCCUCUCAUCCCCCGCAAGAUGGUGGCGGCAUCGAAUCCCGUGGUGGAAGUGCGGCGCGACGGAGACACGUGGACCAUCCGCAUGAACACCCUCGUGCGCACCGUCGAGUACGUCUUCGAGCCCGGCCAGACCGUUGAGACCGAGACCAUGGGCGGCAUGGCACAGAAUGUCUUCACAAUUGAGGAUGACAGGAUUAUGCAAACUCAGAAGUCAGACACUUACACAACAGAAGUGAUCCGACAGUUCACAGAGGACAGUUUGAUCAUGACAAUUACUCAUGUGGAAUCAGGUACAAUCUGCCAUCGUUACUUCAGGAGACUUUAGAACAUUUCCCUUCAGCUUCACAUUUGCCCGGAAGGAAAGUGGCAUCCUUAUUUUUAAUGAGAGAAUCUCAGCCAUGGUCCCGUAGCAUUUUUUACAAGUCUGUUAGUAUAGAACAUUUAUUAUGCACAUACCCCAAUGUACAUGGAUAAAGUAAACAAGGAUGGGAAGGAGAGGUGGUGGAGGAAGUGGAGAGGGAGGGCAGGAAGGAGGAAGAGGGAGAAGAAAGGGAAGAGGAAGAAGAGAAGCAGAAGGGAAGGGGGAAAGGAGGUAGGAAGAGGAGAGGGUGGCAGAGGAAGAGAAGAAAAAAGAGCAAUAGGAGAGGGAGAGAGAUAGAGGUCUUGUUUAUACUGUUCAUGGGUUACAUAACACACCAUGUCUUUCUUAGAUGCAACGACUCAAGUACUGUGAACAUUAUGCAUAUAAAAAAUGACAAGUAAGGAAAUAUUUCACUUAUGCUAAUCUACAUGGACUAUCACACUUGUUGCCCUUUAUAACAAUAACAUAGUCUGUAUUUUUCAAUUCUUUACACUUUACUUGAAUAAUGACGAAACACAACAAUUUAAUAUCACUGUAAUCUGAGGAACUAAACUUUAAUGUGAGAUGAAAAGGAAAAUAGCUAUAAUAAGAAAUUAAAUUAGAUCGUAACGUUUCAUACUCGUUAGGAUUUCAUUUACUUUCUUAUUGUGGCUGCUUUCCCUUCCAUUUUUGUGUACCCUUUACUGUGUAUGUGUUUUAAUGUAGGAGGUUUUAGUGAUAUUUGAUGCUAAGACAAUUUUGCAAGUACUGUUUGCAUACAUGCAUAAAUAUAAAUAAACAUUGUUUGUUGCUCUGUUUCUCCCACAUUUAAGAGUUGCAUUUCAUUACUGAUUAAUAAAAAUCCUAUAUGAAGUU